GCAUGCGCACGCCCGCCGGCCCCUUCGGAUCUGGCGAACGCGAAACCAUGGCGGAGUUGGGAGAGGUGGGUGAAGCCGAGUUGCAGCGCCUGGUCGCGGCCGAACAGCAGAAGGCGCAGUUCACGGCACAGGUACAUCACUUCAUGGAACUAUGUUGGGACAAAUGUGUGGAUAAGCCUGGAAAUCGUUUAGACUCUCGCACUGAAAAUUGUCUUUCAAGCUGUGUGGACCGCUUCAUUGACACUACUCUUGCUAUUACCAGUCGUUUCGCCCAGAUUGUACAGAAAGGAGGGCAAUAGACCAUCACCUGAGAGAAAGAUAUACCUCAGAGGACUUACUACUCAACUGUUGAAGGAGAAAUGGAGAAUGUGGUUGGUCAGCUGUUAGGUCAACAGAACUAUUACCAAAUUUAUUGGUACUAUAGAAUAUCAAAUCAAAUGUUAAAGUAAAACUUAUUUAUUUGGAAUUCAGAAAUUCCAGGUUGUCACAUCAGUUAUUCAAUAAAUAUGAAUUCUCCAGUUUUUUUAAGUCACA